AUGGCUGCUACUUAAUCUUUUUUCUCUGAGACUUACGAUACAAGAUUUCCAACCUGGUGUUAUGAAGCCUGUCCUUGCGAUACUUAAUCGAUCACCUUUUCUGCCCAUCUCAAAAUUUAAAUCAACAAUGGCAAAUGGAAAACGAAACUUCUCUAAAUAAAAAAUGAAUUCAUACUCACCAAUACUAAAUAAAAUGACUUGAAAUGGAUAUGUUAUUUAAAUGCGUCGUUGAAAAUAAUUAAGAAUCCAAGAGAAUAAACAAGCACUCUCGAACUAUCUUAAGGCCAAAACCUCGUGGCUAUAAGAGGAGACAUAGAAAAUUUGAUUAAAAUCAUAAAACGAUACACUGUUCAAGAAGAAUUCAGAAUGAAAUUCUAACUAGUAAAAAAGUUUGGACAAGGUGCCUUCGCAGAGGUCUACUCAGCCAAGAAAAAAUAAACUGAUGAUUAUUUCGCAGUAAAAAUGUUCGAAAAAUCAUUUAUAAAUUCUCAUUUAGACAAAUAAUCAUUAUUAAAGGAGAUAAAGGUCCUAAGAACAAUCUAUCAUGAAUCUACAGUGUCAUUAUUGGAAUUAUACGAAACAUAAUGCUAUAUCUAUGUAGUCAUGGAAUUACUUAAAGGUGGAAAUCUUAGUUCGUACCUUGAUAAGUAUGCUCCUCUUUCGGAAAAACAGACAGCUUAAAUUAUCUAUAAGCUAUUGGUCUCUCUUAAUCACAUUAACAGUUUUGGAAUCUUCCAUCGGGAUUUGAAACCUGAUAAUAUUGUAUUUCGUGAAAAAGGAAAUUUCGACAGUCUUUGUGUUACAGAUUAUGGAUUAGCUGACUUUUAUAACCAAGAAGCUAAAUAUUUAUUCCACAGAUGUGGAAGUGUCGGAUUCGUAGCUCCUGAAAUCCUGCACGAUUGUGCUUAUGAUUUAAAAGUUGACUUGUAUAGUGUUGGAAUUAUAAUGUAUUGUGCCUUGAGUGGUACAAUACCUUUUGAAGGUAAUACUCACCAGAAAGUUUAAUAAAAUUAUAAAGGAGAAGUCAAAACUAGUAAUUUAAACUUGAGUCCAAAGGGAUUAUAGUUUAUUAAUAGUAUCCUAUAACCUUAUCCAUCUAAAAGAAUAGAUUUAUAAGAUGCACUGAUUCAUCCUUGGUUCUUGGAAUAAAAUUUAAGCAAUCUUAAAGUUUUUAAGUUGAAGAACAAGAAGGCAUCAAUUACGAAUCAGAAUGUUAUGUUAACUCCUCCCAUAGGUAAGAGUAGUCCUUUUUCUACUCCAAGAUCACCCCAAAGUCCAAUAACCAAUCCUUCAUAGCAAUCCUCGUUUCUUACUAAAAUUGCCGGAAAAAAGCUCAGCAACUUUUAACUUGAAGAUGAUUCAACUCCAAGAGAAAGCUAGAGAUGCAAUACUCAAUGUAAUUUUUUGAAAAAAAUUGCAAUAAGAAAAUCUAUUUUCAAUCACUUAGAACCUUUAAAGAGAUAAAAGUAGACGGAGUGA